AUGUCAAACUCGUACAUUCUGAUAAAAGGUGGAACGGUGAUCUCCAUGGUGGCGUCGGGAGGGAAGCCCCUCUACAAUUGCGACAUUCUACUAGAAAACGACCGGAUAAAGGAUAUAGGUCAAGACUUAUCCGUGCCGACUGGAUACAUCGUGUCCACGAUCGAUGCAAAAGAUUGUAUCAUUACCCCGGGGCUCGUUGACGGCCACCAUCACAUGUGGCAGCACCUCCUGCGCGGUAUCACAGCUGAUUGGUCUCUGUUUGGCUAUGCAUGUCACCUGAGGAGCGUCUAUGGAAGUCUUUACACACCAGACGAUGUCUACUUUGCCACGUACGCUGCUGCGUUGAGUUUGCUCAACAACGGCGUCACGACCGUCCUGGACCACUGCCACGUUAUAAACUCGCCUGCACAUGCCGACGCAGCUGUGAAGGGCUUGAAGGAUGCCGGUAUUCGAGGAACAUUCUGUUAUGGAUUCUAUCAGAACCCAAAAGAACCCGGGGAUUUCGCGAGCACUGCGACAGACACGUUUGACCAGGCCGCACGAGUCGAUGAUGCUCUUCGUGUGCGCGAAGAGCACUUCACGAACAAUGAUGCCGACAGUUCGCUUAUCACUUUUGGUAUUGCGUUGAAUGAUCCGCCGACUCAGCCCCCGGAGAAAACAAUCGGGGAACUGAAUACUGCGAGAAAGCUCAGGGCUAGGCUCACGACUGUACAUUCUUCAGUAGUAUCUCAUGAUGGGGCCCCUAAGCCUGAAGUCGUCCAGAACUUCGCCAAUGCACAACUCAUGGGACCGGAUCUUGUAUUCAGCCACGGAGGUUGGAUGACAGAUAGCGAGCUGGCUGCGGUGCAGAGUUCCGGGGCUGGUGUUGUUGGGACGCCCGACACGGAGCUGCAAAUGGGCAUGGGAUAUCCCGUAGUAUGGAAAGCUGCCGAUCUAGGCUGUCGGUCGUGCCUUGGGCUCGAUAUCACUUCGAAUCAAGGUAAUGAUUUCAUGGCACAGAUGAGGUUGGCUCUUCAGACGCAACGAGCUCGCGACUGUGAUCAUCGUACAGUCCACCGAGAUGUCCGCAGGAAGACAGUAGAUGUGUUACGCAUGGCAACUCUGGGAGGCGCAGAGGUUAUGGGAAUGGACUCGUUGAUUGGUUCUAUCGUGCCUGGUAAAAAGGCUGACCUGGUGAUGUUCCGCUGUGAUGACAUUGAUACCGUGCCCGUGAUUGAUCCUAUCGCGACUGUGAUCUUCCAUGCAUCGCCAAAGAACAUUGACACCGUUAUCGUCGACGGAAAGAUUGUCAAGCAGAAUGGUCGGCUUGUUGGUGUUGAUUUUGAGUCCCUACAUGAUCAGAUUGUAUGCAGAUCCCAACGACUGAGGGACCAAGCAGGCAAAGUCGAUAUGGAGAAGGCGGAAUCGCUAUUCCACUCAUUAUUCGAGAAGGCCAUGGAAAAUUAA